AUGGACAGGUUGGGUUCGGUAAGGUUGGGUUCGGUUGGUGAAAGGUUGGGUUCGGUAAGGUUUGGUUCGGUUGGUGAAAGGUUGGGUUCGUUUGGUGAAAGGUUGGGUUCGGUUGGUGAAGGGUUGGGUUCGGUAAGGUUGGGUUCGGCUGGUGAAAGGUUGGGUUCAGUUGGUGAAAGGUUGAGUUCGUUUGGUGAAAGGUUGGGUUCGAUGUGA